AUGGUGGCUAUAUUUCGCCGUGGAAAAAGGCAAGAUAGAGACACCAACAAAGUAGAGAUAAUCUCCAAACCAUCACUAUCAAAGAAAUCUGAAGACCCGGUAUUUCAAGCAAGGAAAACUCUAGACUUUGAAAAGAAGUUUAAAUGUCUUUGCUGCAAUAGGUAUCUCAAAGUGUCUGAAAAAUUACCGAAAUUCAAAUGUGGAGUCUGUCAUUCUACAUUAAUGACUCAGAAUGGUGAAAGUGUACUGUCAAAUGAAAAAAAUUUUAAAAGCAAUGGUAGUUUGAUAUGUUCUCUCUCGGAAUUGAGAAAAAUUGUCAAUAAGUGCUACUCAAAUCUCAAAAAUAGUCCCGAUACUGAAAAGAGUUCAGUUUUUGAUCCAGUCAGUCGAUACUUGGCGGAGAUCUUCCAUGAUGCUGCUACUCUGGAAGAGUCCUUUAAGCCAAAGGAUAAUCAUACACUACUUGAUUAUACUGAGGUGUCGCAAUUUUUUAAUCUUUUACUUUCUCUACCCACGAGGAAACCUUAUUAUAGAAUGUUAUGUGCCGCCAAUGAUCUUUUGAAAAAUCCAGGAAUUGCUCUUAUAAAGUUCAAAUGGAUUCUAAUAUUGUGGGAAGUACCUUCGAUCAGGGAAUGUUUGAUAUCAAAGCCGAAUUAUGGAUUUGGCUCCAAAGAAAUUCGCGCUGUGUCAUAUGAACUGAUUAAAAGAUCCAUAGGCUACUUAGCAAACGUGGCAGGUUCUCCAAAUUACAGGUCCUACAUUUACCAUCUUAAAGGUAUUCCAGUUGAGAAAUUUUUCAAUCAAGUUGAAACAAUUAAUUUGUACAUAACAUAUCAAAUGACAAAAAUAAUACAUCGAGAAGAAAAGAAUAACCUACAGCUAUCAGUAGGGAAAGACAUCUACCCAAAUACAUAUAUAUUAGAGGACGAAAUGUGGUCUUCAAGCAUAGAUCUGUUCAAAUCCAACACUGGUGAUAAAAAUACAGCCCUCAAAUCUUCGGAGUUUUUUUUCAAACCUUUUCAGUAUGAAAGUGAUUGGCAUAUUGUUUCUGCAUGUAAGCUAAUGGCAAUAUAUUAUUUAGUUAACAAUAAAAGGGAAGGCAGCAAGCAUCCUUCACCUCAUAAAAGUAAAUUAACUUCCUCAAUGUUUUAUAAUACUAUGCUAGAUUUCAUAGAUUAUAAACAAGACUUUUUUAAUUGGAAAGCUCCAGAGAUGUCAAAUCAGAUUUUACAAAUUAUAAAUGAUCAAAAUACGAAGAAAAAAUUCACAUUUUGUGCAUACCCAUUCCUUUUAUCAUUGGGACUAAAAAUAUCAGUAAUGCAAUAUAACAUAAAACAGAUUAUGGAAUAUAACGCAGAAAAGGCAUUUUUGACAUCACUGGAUAAAAAGAAAGCGAUGGAUGUUUAUUGUCGAAUUAAAGUUCGAAGGAGUCACAUAGCUCAGGAUUCUCUGAGAUGCAUUCAGUCACGUCAAGCAGACCUAUUAAAGUCACUUAGAGUCGAGUUUGUUAAUGAAGAGGGAAUUGAUGCUGGUGGUCUCAAGAAGGAAUGGUUCCUCCUACUUACUAAGACUCUUUUCAGCCCGAUACAUGGCUUAUUUCAGUACAUUAGCGAAAGUAGAUUUUGCUGGUUUUCAAUUUUCCCAAUCUCAGAAGAACCGAAUGGACUACUUACGAAUGAGAAGUUGUACUAUCUUUUCGGGGUCGUAUUAGGUUUGGCUAUAUUUAAUGGUAUUAUACUGGAUUUGCAAUUCCCCUCAGCGUUCUACAAGAAAAUAUGUAAUGAACCCUUGAAUUUUUCAGAUUAUUACCAAAUAUAUCCUGAAACUGCUCAAAAUCUGAAAAAGAUGCUUGACUAUCAAGAUGAUAACUUUUGUGAAGUUUUUGGCCUCACAUUUGAGACAACUGUUGAGAGUAUGGCAAGUGCUACUCAGAGAAAUGAUUCUCUCUCAAAUCCUGGUUUCGUUACAGUCAGCUUAUCUCGAAACGGUUCGUCGAAAUAUGUUACUCAGGCUAACAAACACAACUUUGUUGAUUUAUGGGUGGACUACUAUAUGAAUAAAUCAAUCAAAAAGCAGUUUGGCCAAUUCAUGACUGGUUUCAAACAAGUUUUUGCCAGUUGUAGUUCUAUUCAAUUGUUUAAUUCAGAGGAACUAGAACGACUUCUUUGUGGGGACAAAGAGCAAAAUAAAUAUGAUUUCACAUUAUUACGUUCGGUCACGAAGUAUGCAGGUGGGUUUCAAGAUGAUUCGACCGUGGUUAUAUGGUUUUGGGAAGUUAUAGACCAAUGGACUAAAGUAUUACAAAGGAAGGUUUUGCAAUUCGUGACCGGAUCUGAUAGAAUACCUGCUACAGGGAUAUCAGCAUUACCAUUCAAAAUUACAAAAUGUAGUUCAAGACAAAAUGAAGAGCUGCCUGUUGCACACACUUGUUUUAACGAAAUUUGUUUAUGGGAUUAUUGUUCAAAAGAGGUUCUUGAAAGAAAGUUACUUUUAGCCAUAAAUGAGUCGCAGGAAUUUGCCUUACGCUAA